AUGUUAAUUUAUUCAUUUUUACUUCUUCAAAUUUAAAAUAUAUUAGUUAUUACAAUAAGAUUGCAUAAAUUUUUGAUUUUUAGAAAUUAUGUCAAGGAAUCUUUUGUCAAAAUAAUUGUACAUUUAUAAAAGGCCAUACCUAGAUAAAGGAAUAUAAAUAUAAUUAGUAAUGAUAAAACCAAAAUAGUAUAAAUUGACAAUAUUCCAGAUUAUCUUAUAUAAAAAUAAUCUUAUUAUUAUUAAGCCCCUAAUCUUUUAAUGGAAUAAGUUGUGUACCUUUCUUAAAUAGGAAAGCAAAUAAAUAACUUUUAAUUUUAUCCUACUUUUUGGUUAGAGAAAUUUCAAUGUGAAAGUUGUUUAGGAGUUACCAAAUAGAUACUUUUAAUUAAAAAAUUUUGGAGAAUUUUAGAAUAGAGCAUUUUAGAUUCUUCAUAACUGAUUAUUUUAGAGAAAUAUAAAAAUUUUUUUUUAAAAUAUUGA